GGGGAAGUACAUCCGGGAGAGACUAUCACUGCAUACUCCCUGGGGGACCUAGAGGACACCCUGGAGCCCAUCUUCUUCUUUGAAUCAUCCUCUUCGGCCUCAACCAUCUCGAGUUCCUCCAUACAACAAGAGGUGUACCAAAUGUUGGGAAGCCAGGUCACUGUCACAGGCCCCAAGGAGGAGGACCAAGGACACCAGGUCCCAGCCCUGACAGAAAACCUGGAGCCCAUGGAGGAACAGGCCGAAGCCGCUCUGGUGCUUGUGGAAGCUCCAGUUCAAGGUCCACCACCUGUACCAUCUGAUAGAAAACUGGAGCUGGAUGAACCUGCAGUGGACCAUCAAGGCCAACGUCUCCUGCUGGCCUUUCAGUCAGCACUGCAUCUAGAGAGGAACCCAGAGCCUCUGGUGAUCUCCCAGCCAGACUGUGGCAGCCACCAGGAAGUUAAAGUUCAGACAGUUGCACUUAGAGCAGUGGGCAACAUUGAUAUUGGAACUGAUGAACAAACACAAAUAGUUUUGAACUGUGAUACCCUCUCACACUUCCCAGCACUCCUGACACAUCCCAAAGAGAAAAUUAAUAAAUAAGCAGUUUGGUUCCUCUCUAACAUCACUGCAGGAAAUCAACAGCAGGUACAGGCAGUAAUUGAUGCCAAUCUUGUACCAAUGAUAAUAUACCUUUUGGAUAAGGGGGAUUUUGGCACUCAGAAAGAAGCUGCUUGGGCCAUAAGUAACUUAACAAUUAGUGGAAGAAAAGAUCAAGUGGCCUCUAUUCAACAAAAUGUUAUCCCACCCUUUUGCAACUUACUGACUGGAAAAGAUGUACAGGUUGUGCAAGUAGUACUCAAUGGAUUAAGUAAUAUAUUAAAAAUGGCUGAAGAUGAGACAGAAACCAUAGCCAAUCUUAAAGAAGAAUGUAGAGGACUGGAGAAAAUUGAAAAACUUCAAAAUCAUGGAAAUGAAGAUACCUACAAAUUGGCCUAUGAUAUCAUUGAUCAAUUCUUCUCUUCAGAUGAUAUUGAUGAAGAUCCUAGCCUUGUUCCAGAGGCAAUUCAAGGUGGAACAUUUGGUUUCAAUUCAUUUGCCAAUGUACCAACAGAAGGGUUCCAGUUUUAUAAAGAUAUUGUGGAAGUUAGGUACAAUGCAGCACUCAGAUAUAUUCAGCUUGAUGGGAGCCUCGAGAAGCCAGCAGACAUGGAAAUCAGGGGCUGCCUGCAGCUCAGAUGUUUGUAA